GAGGAGAGGCGGCUGCGGAGGCAAAUCAACCACCAGAACCUGCCGACAGAGGCUCGCCUGUCGAAGUGUGUAAGCGCUACCUGCAGUCCUGUCAGUGUGAAGUCAGGAGACCGCUUCAUUCCCACCCGGGCUGGGAGCAACUGGAGCAUCAACUUCCACUAUGCCAAUGAGAACUGUCGCUCUCCCAGUCAGAACCAUAAAUCAAAGGAUGCCACUUCUGAUUCAAGCAAAGAUGCUGUGGCGUAUGCUGCCCUGCUGAGGAAUGAGUUACUGGGGGCAGGGAUAGAAACUGUACCAGACCCUCACACAGACGACCGGCGACAUGCAGUCCUCUCCCAAGGCCCCCACAGCCUUUUUAGGUACACUGUUCACGCUAAGAGAGUGCCUUUUGAUAGCGAUAAUGAAAUCUCACCAUACUCCCUUUCUCCACUUAGUAAUAAGAGUCAUAAGCUGCUGCGCUCCCCUCGUAAACCAGCCCGCAAGAUCUCCAAGAUCCCUUUCAAAGUGCUGGACGCUCCAGAACUGCAGGAUGACUUCUACCUCAACCUGGUAGACUGGUCAGCGGGCAACCUGCUCAGUGUGGGCCUGGGAGCCUGCGUCUACCUGUGGAGUGCCUGCACCAGCCAGGUGACGAGGUUAUGUGACCUUUCAGUGGAUGGAGACUCCGUUACUUCAGUUUGUUGGAAUGAGAGGGGGAGUCUCGUUGCUGUUGGAACCCACAAGGGUUACGUUCAGAUCUGGGACGCAGCAGGAGGGAGGAAGCUAACCAGUCUGGAGGGUCACUCAGCCCGUGUAGGUGCCCUGGCAUGGAACGGGGAGCAGCUGUCAUCGGGAAGCCGGGACAGAGUGAUCCUCCAGCGGGACGUCAGAACCCUCCCUUCUGCUGAGAGGAGGCUGCAAGGUCACAGGCAAGAAGUGUGCGGGCUCAAAUGGUCUCCUGACCACCAGCACCUCGCAUCUGGAGGCAACGACAACAAGCUGUUGGUGUGGAACAGUUCCAGUCUGCUCCCAGUGCAGCAGUACAGCGACCACCUGGCAGCAGUGAAGGCCAUCGCUUGGUCCCCCCACCAACACGGGCUGCUGGCGUCAGGGGGCGGCACUGCCGACCGCUGCUUACGCUUUUGGAACACACUGACGGGGCAGGCAUUGCAGAGCACAGACACUGGCUCCCAGGUCUGCAACCUGGCGUGGUCCAAACAUGCCAACGAACUGGUGAGCACUCAUGGCUACUCUCAGAACCAGAUCCUGGUGUGGAAGUACCCUUCGCUAACACAAGUGGCCAAGUUGACAGGACACUCCUACAGAGUCUUGUAUCUGGCCGUGUCCCCAGAUGGGGAGGCAAUCGUUACAGGAGCUGGGGACGAGACACUACGUUUCUGGAACGUCUUCAGUAAAACACGCUGCACAAAGGAAUCAAAGUCAGUGCUGAACCUUUUCACAAGAAUACGAUAGUGAACAUCCUGGGCCAGGACUGGUUCAGGGAAAGACUAAUGUGCUGUGGUUGAACUACACAGUCACCCAGUAACACACACAGACUGGCUCUUACACCCUUCUCAACUCAGAGCCACCCUCACUGACCAUCACUGCUUCACAAGUCAGCUUUUCCUACGGCGGGUGCAGCACCAGCUUCCAACAGCCGCCAUCCCUCACAGUGACGCCUCUGAUUGAACAAGAAAAAUAAUCAGUCUGUUGUCACGACAUGUCUGCUUUAAAAAAGUUGAUCUUGUUUUUUCUGUUGUUCAAGUGGUUCAAUUGUUUUCUUAUAUAUUAGCAGAAGUAUAGACACACGCAAGAGUUCAAGGCUAUAUCAUGUAAUGAUGUCUCAUUUUUAAAGGCUCUCCUUUGUAACAGAGAGAACUGGUCUGGCUCAGGUGUGUGUGUGUGUGUGUGUUUGUGUAUGGGGGGGGUCUAUAUUUUGAUUAUGUGAAUAUG